CAACGUACGUGAAUAGGAGGAAAGAAAUAUUCACUGCAUUUAUUUCAGUUUUAAGAGUUCUCAAACAUCUAUAAAAAGGAGUAGAAGUUAUAUUAGCCGUUUAGAUGACAAAGGGAAUUUAAGUGAAAAGGAAAACAGCUUUAUCAGUUCGUGAAUAUGAUUUAUAUAAUUGUGGUUGCGUCAACGCUGAUGACGACAGCAUGGUCUGAACCCCAGUGCCAUACUACAGAAAUGUGGCAAUGCAGUAACAUAGCCAUUGAUUGGUUUCACACGCUGCCACCAAAAUCUAUUCCGGAAUCCGAAGCAGAGAUUGAAACUAUGUGUCAAGAAGGUAGAAAUACGAUCAACUGUUUUAACGGUUAUGGUAAAAGGUGCAUGAGUCCUCUUCAAAAAGAACUGGCAGCUUUAAUCUUUGAAGGAGCUAUAGAGUUGUACAACGAACUAUGUACUAAAGGUUCACCUAGUCAAGAUAAGCUUCUGAAGCAUGCUCCCUGCCUGAAUGAGGUAUUUAAAACAGAGGAAAUUAAAACGCUUUUGGAUCAUAUUUUAGUUACUUUCAAAAAGUCCCAUAUUGUACCAUUGCAGGAUGUAUUGCCAUUUACAUGUUGUGGAAUCAAUAAAAGCUGCCAUAAGUUCUUAGGCCUUAUUCGUAAAACCUGUGAUGAUGAAGCAGCCGAUUUAGUAAAAGACCUGAAACUAUUGGCUGUCGGACAGUUACCGGAGGCUCUUUGUAAGGAAGGAGAUGGAUCGGAGGAAAUUUGUCAACAGUUGUUGCCACCGGAUGAUGCAAAAUUGUCAGCAACCGAGGAUUCACCAUUUCUUAAAACUCUUAAAGACGUUCUAAAAAACUGGAUGGAUUAAAAAUCGUUGUAACAUCCGCAUGUUUACCCUGAUGCACGGAACAAUGUUCAAGUUUUUGCAAAGAUCUGUUUUUUACACCACUUAAGUCACACGUGUUUCAGUGAAAGUGAUACUUAACUAACUUAAAUAGAUAUUCACUGUAUUCCAAAGAAUGAACUAAAGAGAGUUAAUCAA